AUGCGGACUCAAAAACAUAGCAGACUCUUAAUUACUACGAUAUUCACCUUGAAGCAGCUUCAACUAAGCUCAUCACUACUGCAGUUGAGUCCCAGGCUUUUUUCACCAAAUGACAACCUCUCUAGCGAAAGAUCGGUGCGGAUCCUGCGCGCAUUGUACGUAAGUUUUCGAGAGAUCUUCCAAAUUUUGAUUGAUCCACGGAUGCAAAUUUAUCGUCAUCGCCGCAACCUUUAUGCGACUCUCAUAGUCCGUAUCUAG